AUGGAGUUUCAAGGGAUUGCUUAUGACCUCUACUCUCUGAACAUUAUGAUCAAUUGCUUCUGCCGGCGCCGGAAACUCGGCUUUGCUUUCUCUGUUUUGGGAAAGAUGUUGAAACUUGGCAAUGGAGCUUACACCAAUCUCAUAACGCUUAACACCCUCAUCAAUGGAGUUUGUCUCAAAGGCAAAGUGUCUGAAGCUAUGGAUUUAAUCGAUCGAAUGGUGGAAAACGGAUGUCAGCCCGAUGCAAAAGAUGGAAGGAAGAAAGAUCAAGCUCAUGCAGCCAAAUACAAUAUUAUCAUCGAUGGUCUUUGCAAAGAUGGGAAGCUCGACGAUGCAAUCAAUCUUUUCAAUGAAAUGGAAAUGAAAGGGAUCAAAGCAAUGUUAUCACCUACAGCACUCUCAUCGGAGGCCUUUGUAAAGACGGUAGAUGGAAUGAUGGCGCAGAGUUGCUGA